AUGGAGCAAUAUGAUGGCAACAUAUUUCAAAGACAAGCACAACCAAUACCCAAAACCAAUGACAAGGUACGGAAGCCACCCACAAGGCUACAGAAGCAAGCCCCACGAGCUCUCGAUCUCGAUCAGCUCUCCACCCCUCUUCUGCCUGCUAGUCAGGCCUCUCCUCCUCCGACUCCAAUCCCUCUCCUAUCACCACUUUCUGUAUCUCCUCCGCCGUUGCCAUCGGAGGCAGAAGAAUUUACAUUUCCUGUAACAUGUGGGGAUAAUGACAAAGGGAAGGAAGAUGAUGUUCACGAUGUAUAUUCAGAGGCAAGAGUUUGGCAACAUCCAGCAGUAGCCAGUGGAUACAUUGAGCCGUCAUCCUUUUUUACUCUCUUCCGAUCUAAAUGUCUACCCGUUGAUCACGCACAGUCAUGA